AUGGCGUCCUUCAUCACCAACCUCUGGGAGUCAAUCUUCGUCCCAGGCCCGACCCCGACCCUCGUCCGCGCCGCGAACGCAACCUUUGCCUCUCUCCAAGUCCUCCUCGCCGUCCUCCUCCUGACGACCUGGAGCAUCCACUUUGUUAUCCUCUCCUUCCUCAGCGGUUUCCUCUGGUUCGCCAUCAACUGGUUCGUCAACGAGCUCGCCAUCCACGCUGAGCAGGAGGCCAAGAAAGCCCGCCUUGCCGAGGCCUCUUCCUCGGGGAUCGGCGGCGCCGGCAACAACCAGGGGACCGAUGAUAGCGACACCGAGGUCGAGGGUGCCGUCGCCAGCGGCGUAGGGGCUGGAAAGAAGGGUGCUGCGGCGGGGAGCAGCCAGGUCGAGACGCCUGAGCAGCAGCAGGCCGCCGACUUGAAGCGACGCACCGCCGCCGCCGCCGCCGCAGCAGCAGCAGAGGCCGGGGCCGAGGACUCGACGAACGGGGGUACGCAGUCGAGCGUUAGCACCGAGGACGAGUGGGAGAAGGUCUCCGAGAACGAGAACGAGAAGGACAAGUGA